GCUUCACACGAAUGAUGGUAAUUUGCUAAUUUUCAAGCUUUCCACGCUGUCGGCUGUCGCCGAAAAAUACGCCAUCCUUGUUCUUUGAUGCCGCAGUGGGCUGGCCGAUGGCAUGCCAACCCAGUGGGCACAGACCGUAAUUGGUACCCAUUUCUAGGGCCUAUUUUCCAACCCUCUUCGUCCUCCUCUUUUCACCGCCCUUCAUACCCUUUCCACCCAUUAUAGAAAUCCCCUUUCCUUCCCAAAUUUAGGUCUCUUCCUUUCUCCGUAAUCUCUUCCUGGUUUCAAAUUAUUUUCAUCUUCUGUUUGACGUUUAGUAUUGUGUAUCUAAAUAGUAAGUCAUAAUCUUCAGUUGAUUUUUCUAUUGUUUCUUCAUACGUUUUUGUUUAUAUUUCUCUUUCUUUUAUUGGGAUGUUUGUUUUCUGUUUGCUAAGUUGAAUAAAAGUUCAGCUUUUGAAUUUUGGGCCAUUUUAAAGGUUUAUUCUUUCUUUAUUCUGUGAUGAGAUUUUAAUUCUUUUUUUUUUUCUGUUUUGGGGUUUUUUUAGUGUUUUUUGGAUUUGUUCUAUCUCAAAAAAACCUGUGAAUGUAAUAAAAAAAUGCCCAAUUCAAAUAUACAAGCACCAUUGCACACUGCAGAACAAAUGAAAAUACAGACCCAGUUGGAAGAAGAAGAAGAUGAAGAUAUAGCUGGAGGUGGAGAAGAGUCCAUAGACAACCCUAACAUCCACUAUGAAAAUGGCACUGGAAAUGCAGGUGGUGUAGACAGUUUUCCUCCUGAUGAUAUUUGUCUUACUGGUGGACAAGAUUAUCCCCCGGCGGUUGGAAACGGUGGCGAUGCUGACCAGCUCACUCUGUCUUUCCAGGGUGAGGUCUAUGUGUUUGAUGCUGUUUCCCCUGAUAAGCAGGUGCAGGCCGUGCUGUUACUUUUAGGUGGAUAUGAAAUCCCUUCUGGUGUUCCUACUGCAGGGGCUGUCCCUCUUAACCCAAGUGGUCCAAGUGACUUACCUGGAAGGUCAAUCCAGCAUCAGAGGGCAGCUUCUUUGCAUCGGUUUAGAGAAAAAAGAAAGGAACGUUGUUUCGAUAAGAAAAUCCGAUACAAUGUCCGGAAAGAAGUUGCACUUAGGAUGCAGCGUAAGAAGGGACAAUUUACUUCAUCGAAGGCUAAUUCUGAUGGAGCAGGAGCAGCUUCUUCUGGUUGGAAUGUGACACAGGGUUCUGGACAAGAUGAUAGCAUGCUGGAAACUUCAUGUACUCAUUGUGGAACCAGUUCAAAGUCCACUCCAAUGAUGCGUCGUGGGCCAGCUGGUCCAAGAACCCUUUGUAAUGCAUGUGGGCUCAAGUGGGCUAACAAGGGGAUCUUGAGAGACCUUUCUAAGGUAUCAAGCAUGGAUUUACAAGGUCCUCCUGCAAAGUCAACUGAAAAGAGUGAAGAUGAAGCUAAAGGCAUAGAUGCUGUAGCCAUUGCAACAGAUAUCGCGGCACCCGUGUAAUUUAUUCCUUUCUUUCAUGGUAAGCAACUGCUGAAACAUGAACCAUUAAAUUCUUUUGAACGUGAAAAUUGUUAGUUGCUUGCCUUGCAGCGGGUGCCAUUCAGACAUCAGAAUGAAUUCUCAACCUGUGUAAUAACAUUUUUCUGUAUUGCUUUAACCAACUGUAUAUAUAAUUAGGUGCAGCUUGUCUCAUAUAUAAACUGUUCUGAAAUGUAUGUGCACAUAAGCUUCAGGUUAGAAGAUGAAUCUUGAUAUGGUCAUGUAAUCUGUUGUCUCUCUUCCGAUUAUUCAAGCUGAAAACUGGCAGCAAGGUUCUUGGUGGUA